GUGAGGGCAGGUUUCAUCUGCGAGUCUGCCCCCGGCAAGUAUAUCUGGCCGCCCUACGGCCCUUCGGCUAGAAACAAUCAGCAUCACAUUUGAAUUACCUACCUGUCAUAGAGUAAUCACCCAUCCCAGUACACGGCAGGUCUGAGAGAGUCUCUGCUAAUCAUGUGCCAUAUCAGAGAAACCAUCGAAGUCCUUCCGGGGGGGAUUAGGCGCAUCGAGCGCAACGUGAAGCGCUGUCCCCGAGGCUGGAUCAGACUCUGCCGCAAAGAAACGCGGACCAGUAUCGAACGAGACUGCCGCGAGGUGCCAGGAAACACGAAUAUGAGGGGCCUAGACGACCCGCACGGUAUGCCGAGGCCACUCACCCGCAGACGUAGUGGAAGCUUCAAAUUUCGGUUUCCCUUUCUCCGACGGCAGCCGGACUCGUCGGACGAUGAACUGAGGCGGCCGCUGCCACCCCAGCGGCCGCGCGGCCGGCCCUGGCAACGCACGCCCGUCGUGGUCGACCCUCCCCGUCGCCCUGAGCCCCAGCUGGUGUCGCCCAUGCGACCCAAGACUUCGUACAGAUCGACGCCCUCGCGAUCACCACCGGCGAUUCACUUUGCCGCUCCACGUCCAGGGGCGCGAGCUCUGCGCGAGGAACGCCUGCCUCGAGGGCGGCCUCGACCCGCCACACCGUCACCAAUCUUCGUCACUCAACCCAGACGACCCACAUCUCCAAUCACGAUGGAUCCAGAAGUGGUACAUCGCCCGAGACCUUCGCAGAAGAAUCGUCUGACGCGUGCCAUUAAACAGGUAUUCCGGCCUCGUUCUCGCUCUCAACCCGCCCGACCGACAGUGGAGUUGGAGAUCCGCCAACCCCGGUUUCAAGCCGCCCGGGUGAUUUCACCCGUUCCACCCAUCCCCCCGCGACGGACCCGGCCCCCGCGCCCGCGCUCCCCCGUGGCGGAGCGGGAGCCCAUCCGCAAGACGCGCUCCACGCCAGGGAUGCCGCGACUCCGGACUGCUUCUCCGCCCCAGAGCAGUCGAAGCAUGACCCCGACGCGCCAUGUCCACUUCGCUGAGAAUCUGGAGCAGCUCCCGCCCAGCUCGAGCGAGAAUAGCCCGGUGGAGGACACGACGACAGGCAGUUCCGGCGAGGACAGCCCCACGCGCCCGACCACGACGCGCCCCCCACCCAGCAGGAUCCCCAUCCGCCCGAUGAACCGCCGCAGUCGCUCCUUGGACACCCACGCCAGCCGUGGGCGCAUGACAUCCAGAGAUCCGGUCCAUCCUCGUACGGCCUCGCCUUAUCCCACGCGUCUGGACUCACGGGCUCGACCCACGCCAUCGGCGCCCCGAUCGCACACGCUGCAACAGGCACGACCGCGCAUUAUUCAGAAGGGGAGGCGGGAUCUGAGGGAGCGAGGGUCCCGGGUAUUGGAGAGCUCGUUUGCGCGUCGGAGCGACGAGGCUGUCAGGAGUCCGCGCAUGGUGCAGCGACGGGCCCGACCGCGCACGCGCGCUUCGAUGACGGAUUGUUGGCCGAUGUUUCCGGGCGAUGAGCGGAUUGCGGACGAGGACGAUCGGAGUGGAGGGUCGAGGUUGGGACGAUGGCGGUAGUUGGCUUGGAUGUUGGCUUUGCAGGUGUUGGUGUUUUGUGGGACGUUUUCAUAUGUCUUUCGGUCUUUCGUUCGGUCAUCUGUGUUGUGGUUUUCCUAUGUUUGAAGUGUUGGAAGGAAUUCGGAGGAAAGGCCGACCCCGCAUGUGACCCCGCACGUGAUGGGGUUACCUCGGCAGCGGCUCAGC